AUGGCCAACAACUGUCAGUCAAUUGCCCUGGCUUUAUUUCUGGAAUAUGCUGAGCUUUUAAGAAGACUCAUUGCUAUAGAGGAAAGUCUCAAGACCAAUGAUUUGAACAUUGAUAUUGUCAUUAAGGGCAAAACAGAUUCAUUGAAAAUACUUGAUAACAUUGCCAAUACCUCUGGACAACUUCUUGCAAUUAUUGCUCCUACUACUGUACCUGCUUCUGCUACUGCUUCUGUUGUUCCUUCUGUUGUUUCAGUGGUUCUUACUGGUGUAAACGCUGGUAAACUUAGUAAACAGGAUCGCAGUAGAGUUCUAGCUCUUAUCCAAAGAGAGUUAAAGAAACACAACUUCAAAUCGAAUAAGCUGGAACUAGUUGCAGUUAAUGACAGCAAGCACAGUUGGGAUAUUAAUGUUGAUUACAGACUUACACCCAACAGACAGCUGAUACAUGACCUUCAUGCAUACCUGGCUCCAAAGGUUGUUGGGACUAGUACAAAUUCUUGGUCAAGAAAAGCAGGUCAAGAGACCAAUCAUUUUGACCAUUGCGAGCUGACCUACCAUACAUUCAAGGCUGAAAUUUAUGUGAAGAUGGGUAAGAGCUGCAACAGACUCUUACAAAAAGAAGCAAUGUCUGAGGACGAAUCUGAAGACGAUAUGCCUGGAGACUCAUGCAACCAUGCGAUUCGUACAUACAAUCACUUUCUUGCAGUUGUUGAUGAUUUUAUGCAUAAUCGCAUGGACUUCAAUUUGCGUCAGAUGUUGAAGAGGUUCUUCAGUAAAGACACUGUUUUAGUAGUCCCGCCUAGAUUGAUGUCCCUUUUCCCUCACUGGGCUUUUAGAGAUAAGUUUCAAUGA